GUGCCUGAUAUGAAUAUCUUAAUAAAAGCAUAUGUGAAAAUUUACCACAAUAAAUUCAUGCAUGCUUAUUUAAAACCUCCAUGUUUUUAAAGUGUGUACACUACUGGGGACUUUGUACUUGACAUUUACUGUUUAACAAUUAGCAGUAGAUUUCUAAACUUCUUUCAUUUGCAGCAGGGAAAUGUGGAUUAUAUAAUACUUUGAGACGCAUAAUUAUACAAACCACCGGGUUUCUAAAGGCAUGAAAGCACCUACUGCUCGUCCAGAUCUUCUGGAACUAAAGCUGUGCGCGCGAGCGAGUUACAAAAUUGUACCACGAGACCCAGGGCUUUCGCCUCAUCGUGACGUGAAAAUGUUCCCUUCGAUAAAUAUAAACACUUUCUAAAAUUAGUCCUCUCCACACAAUUAAUUCCCUGACGAUUCCUUUGACGCUAGUCACGUGUGCGCAUUUCGUGAGUGUAUGUGGGGGGAGGAGGGUGACAUUUUGACAUAUAAAGCUGUUUCAAGGGCGAAUUCUGCAUUACCAGUGCACGCAAAACCCUGCGCGAGGCACUCCUUUAGGGUUGAGAAGAAGAGUGGAUUAUUCGUCCUCUCUCGAGAUUUCGCGUUCCAAGAACGUUUAGAUGGAUUUCCCUAACACUUCGCUGACUGAACGGAGGUCGGAGUCAUGGAAAGCCGUGCAUCUCGCGCGUAUGUACAAGUGGAUACCGCGUUGGGGGAUCUACAGGUUGUAUUGAUGCAAUUUAGUUCCUCGUCAUGAACUGUCCUGGAGCUGCAGUUCAAAGUUGGGGGCUUUAAGAGCGGGGAACAUCAUGCACACAGCGGAGCUCGCGCUCUCUCUCCUAAUUGUCGUGAUCAUCGGUGUGUCGCUGCUGUCCAACGUGCUAGUGCUGAUCUGCUUCUUGUACAAUGCAGAAAUUCGCAAGCAGGUUCCUGGGUUGUUUAUACUCAACCUGACGUUCUCCAAUCUGUUUCUGUCCGCCUCCAGCAUGCCGUUGACUCUUUUCGGGGUGUUGAGCAAAGCAUAUCCCGGAGGACAAAUUUUCUGUCAGGUGGUCGGGUUUCUUGACACUUUCCUGACCACCAACUCCAUGCUGAGUAUGGCAGCGCUGAGCAUCGACCGCUGGGUUGCAGUGGUGUUCCCUCUCAGUUACCAUUCCAGGAUCCGUCACCGGGACGCUGUAAUCGCUCUGGUUUACACGUGGGUGCACUCGCUGUCAUUCUCUGUGGUUGCCGCGUGCCUCUCCUGGGUGGGCUACCAUCAGCUGUAUGCUUCGUGCACGCUCUGUAACGGCAGGGCGGUCAAUGCCAAGACGCAGUUCGCGAUUUACACCAUGGUGCUGCACUCGCUCACAUUCCUGUUGGUGUCGGUGGUGCUCUGUUUCACGUAUCUAAAAGUGCUCAAAGUCGCGCGCUUUCACUGUAAGCGCAUAGACGUGAUAACCAUGCAAACGCUCGUACUGCUAGUGGACAUUCACCCGAGUGUUCGUCAGCGCUAUCUGGAAGAGCAGAAAAGGAGGAGACAGAGAGCCACCCGCAAAAUUAGUACCUUCAUUGGAACCUUCGUUGUCUGUUUCACCCCUUAUGUCAUUACCAGGAUUGUGGAGCUAUUUGUGACGGAGCCAUUUAAUCCAUAUUGGGGCGUGCUGUGUAAGUGUCUGGCAUACAGCAAAGCUGCAUGUGACCCCUUCGUCUACUCUCUUCUGCGACACCAGUACAGGAAGACCUGCAGUGACCUCAUCAAUCGACUCUUGAAACGCAGUUCCCCGAAUGGCUCUGGGCAUCAGCAGGUAAAUGGAAAGAUUGGGAGGGCCAAGGAAAUCAUAAAAGAUGGGGAAGUCGAAACCAGACCUACAAACUGAGGACUCCUGUUGCUAUAGAGAUGAAUGAUCACAAAGGUAGAGCUCUGACUCUGGAGAGAGAGAGAGAGAUCAGUGAAGACAGAGGAAACAGCGGGACAUUUCUCAACUCAAAAAGAAUUCAAGAUGUAACUGUAGCAAGAGAUUUAGUAGCAAAGAGAUUCUUUUUAUAAAAGUAUUUAUUCAAUUAUUUUCUUUCUUUCUUUCUUUCUUUCUUUCUUUCUUUCUUUCUUUCUUUCAUCGAUUCUUAAAUCAAACUUCUGUAAAGCUGCAAUCCACAAAAGCUGCUAGUUAGCCAAUAUUCAAAGAGAAUCUGUAGGGCCUUUUAUAUAUAUUGGUCUAAUUUAUCUCUUAUGUUAUAGUGAUAAAGUGCUGUUUAGACUUAGU